CUCCAGUCAGACCACCGCGUCCCUCCGCACAACAUGGAUACCUCCUCGAUGCCUCUGCUCAACUACGGCCUGCAGUACCAGUGGUUCUCCGACUCGGACCUCUCCAGCAUCUGCUCUUCCGAGACCCUCUCCCCUGUCAACUCCUUGGACUCCAGCCUGUCCCCGUCCUACCAGCAGCCCCCUCAGUCCGCCCACAAGACGGCCAAGAGCCGAUACGCUCAGGGCCUCAAGUCCUCGCCCUGCUCGCUGUCCGGACGCGGCCGCAAGUCGGGCCGGGCCGCCCGGAUCCGCAGCAAACAGAGGGAGAGCGCCAGCGAGAAGGAGAAGAUGAGGAUGAGGGAUCUGACCAAGGCCCUGCAUCACCUCAGGUCCUACCUCCCGCCGUCGGUGGCCCCCGCCGGACAGACCCUGACAAAGAUCGAGACUCUGCGACUCACCAUCAGCUACAUCUCCUACCUGUCGUCCCAGCUGGGCCUCAGCGAGGAGGUGCUGUUCCAGCGGAGGGAACAAGGAGACCCCUCGGCCAGCGACGCCUCCUCGCCCGACAUCCUCAGCUACUUCCAGCACGACUCCAUGGGAGGCCACCAGGCCCAGCUCCAGAGCCAGAACCUGAACCACAGCUUGUACCCGGCCGAGUGCCACAGCCAGAGCGCCGCGCUGCACUCUGGGAGCUGUGGCUUCGGAGCGGAUCAGUACAGUGGCGCUCCUCAGGGAGACAUCAGCGUGGACAGCAUCCUGCAGACUCCUCCAACAACACAGCCCUCCUGUCAGGUAUGUGACCAUUGAUUCGUUAUUAUUUAAGACACUCUUUUUUAGUAUUUGUAUAAAUAAAAAAAAGAAACAUACAUUUACCGUCAGCUUGAACAAAAUGCUAAUAUAUUUCCUGCUUUUGUUUUUUGAUUACAGGUGUACGGCAGAGACUUCUGCAUCCCGUUGGUUCCCAGAGAGUAUUGGGGCUGAACCCCUCCAACACCGAUCACCAUCCAACAACAGACACAGACGACUUCCCUUGUCUUUACUGCCUCACUGUGAAUCAAGUUAUUUAUUUAAUAUAAAUGCUACUCUACGUUCUAUUUAUUUUUGUCCCAUGAAAUGCUCCUUGUAAAUAUUGAUAUGUCUAACAACUAUUUUUUUUAAAUUUCUCUAUGCCGCUAUUUAUAAUAAAAUAUUCAAAUGUCACCUCGUUUUGUCAGUUUCUCUCAUUCAUCAUUCAUGCAGGUUAUUCGUCAUGUUUGUACUUUAGCUUCGGGAACAGAGUUGAAGUUUAGUAGCUGAGAAUAAGGGGCUUGUUAGAGAAAAGGUUACUGGUUCAAAUCCAGGGGGCUUGUGUGUAAACUCAUACAUACUGUAGUUACAUGACGCAGGGCGAAGCUGGUGCAUAUGGAAAAUGCCACAGUACCAUCUCCUGGUCAUUCACAACACCGUCUUCUAAUCUGGAUGAAAACGUCAACGAUGGAUCUCACAGCAGAGCACA